CCUCCAUACAACCACAACUCUAUCUUUCUCUCUCGUCUUCAGCUCCAUUUCACAAAACCCCAUCAAAACCCUUUCGUAAUUUCACCUCCCUUGAGAUCAAUCUCUUGAAAAUGUCAUCUGAUCACCAACCGCUUGAUGAAAUGCCAUCCCCGAUGCCAGUGGCUCUUUCAAAGUACUCCAAAAGGGUGCUGUUGAAAACUAUACUAGAUCGUACAGACGGUGGUUUGGGGUUGCUUGAUCAGAGAGUUGUGGUUGGAGGAUGGGUUAAAUCUUCACGAGAAAUGAGGAAAGACCCUCCUCCUCCUACCACACAGCCACCGGCGGCAGUGGGUGGUGAUCACACCAAGGAGCAUACUGGAGGUAAAGACGUGAAAUGUGUUGAAGUUUUUCAAUCGCGAAUUCCUUUCCUCCGAACCAUCAUAAAAGUUUUCGGCGGAAACACCGGUCAUACCAAGGAGAAACUCGAAUCCAUCUUCCCAAAACAACCACCUCCUUCCAUUUCAUUUCUACAAAUUAGCGAUGGUUCUUCCGUCAUCAGCCUUCAGAUCAUGGUCGAUUCUUCCAUAGCUCCUUCAACCCUCCUCAUGCCCACCGGAACUUGUAUUCUAGCAGAAGGCGUUUUACAGAAGCCUUCAUUACAAGGAAAACACACCAUCGAGCUCAAAGCUGAAAAAUUGCUGCAUAUCGGAAUAGUUGAUCAAGACAACUAUCCUUUAUCCAAGAAAAGCUUACCUUUAGCUAGAUUGAGAGAUUGCGCUCACUUUAGACCAAGAACAACCACUGUGGCAUCUGUUAUGAGGGUACGUAACGCUCUAAAUCAUGCAAGCCAUACAUUCUUUCAAAACCAAGGCUUCGUUCAUGUGGAGGUGCCAAUUUUAACUGCUACAGACACUGAAGGACUUUCAAAAAAAUUCCAAAUUUUUACUGUUUCUGGUAAAGAAGUGAAACGGGAAGAACCCGUUUCAAUGGAUGAUACAGCGGAUAUUAGUCUUGAAACUGUAAAGCUUUCGAUUAUUGAAAAAAGCAAGAAAAUUGAAGAGCUUAAAAGAACCGAUAGCAAUAAAGAAGCACUCGAUGCAGCUGUUCACGAUCUUCACAAAACAAACGCUUUGGCUGCAGAAUUAGAAGCGAGGUCAAAGUCAAAGUCAAAAUCAAAAUCAGAAUCUCACAAAAAAACCGAAAGUUUGAAAACAUAUGACGAGUUUUUUACAAACCGAGCUUUUCUUACAACCUCGGGAAGUCUUCAUCUCGAGAGCUGUGCAUCUGCUCUAGGAAAUGUGUAUGCAUUGGGGCCAAGAUUUCAUGCGGAUAAAUCAGAUUCGAAGAAAUAUUUACCAGAAAGAUGGAUGAUUGAAACUGAGAUAGCAUUCGCAGAACUUGAGGAUGUGAUGAAUUGUGCUGAAGAUUUUUUGAAGUUUGUGUCACAUUCGGUUUCGGAAAAUUGUUAUGAAAAUCUUUACUUUCUUUCAAAACGAGUUGAUAAAACCCUUAUUGAUCGCCUUCAAUCAAUGACAUCAACGUCAUUUGAAAAGAUCACUUAUGAUACAGCAGUAGAAGUUUUAAACAAGGUUACUGACAAGACUUUUGAGACCAAAAUCCAAUGGGGUGUGGCACUAACCGAAGAACACGAAAGUUAUUUGGUUGAUGAGUUUUAUAAGAAGCCGGUUAUUAUCCAUGAUCACCCUAAAGAACUAAAGCCUUUCAAUGUGCGAUUAAAUGAUGAUGGAAAGACUGUUGCAUCCUUUGAUGUGAUUGUACCAAAGGUUGGAGCUCUGAUAAGGGGAAGCCAGAAGGAGGAACGUCUAAACCACUUAACGAAAAGGAUCAAGGAACUAGGGUUGAGGAAAGAUCAAUACGAAUGGUAUUUAGAUCUUCGGAAGCAAGGAACAGUGAAGCAUUCGGGGUUUAGUGUUACAUUUGAUGUUAUGGUUCUUUUUGCUACGGGUCUUAAUGAUGUCCGAGAUGUGAUCCCGUUCCUCAGACAACAUGGAAAACUCCAUAACUAAUCAAACCUUGAACCUUAAAUUCAUCUCAAAGUUGUCAUACAAUUCUUGAAUCUU